UUGAUUUGCUGUGUGCUGGCUGGCACAUCAGGUCUAUAGGAGUAAAUGACUACUACUGAGUUGUUUAUUCACUGAAGCACAAGAGGUAGACGUAGACAUUUCAGCACUGGGCACACAAUGCUGGGGCGGCUAUUGAAAAGUGAGCCUCUUGUCACAAGUAUUUUGAGAACAACCGAAUUCUGGAGGUGUCCAUGUACCAAGCACGCUCAGAUAUUGACAAGAAGAACCCUUUGUCACAAAGCAGAGGCCACAAAGAAGGUUAUUUCUCAAACAGCUAUUCCAGGCCGUAGCACAUUCAGAAAUGACAGAAGACCUACAGCAUUUGAUAAAAAGAUUUUAUUAUGGGCAGGACGGUUUAAAAAAGAGGAGGAUAUUCCAGCUCUAUUAUCAGCUGAGGUCAUCAAAGCUGCUACGAGCCGAGUGAGGAUCAAAAUUUGCUACAUCACAAUGGCACUGACUCUGCUAGGCUGCUUGGUCAUGAUCAUCUCAGGCAAGCAAGCUGCUAGAAGAGAGGACACGCUGCUGAGGAUGAAUACCGAAAAGAAGGCCAUGUGGAGGGCUGAAGCAGAGACGGACCUGGAGGCAGCUGCAAUGAAACCUUAGUGAUCAAGACGGCAUUUAUUUUAGCAGCAGGUGAUAAGUGAUUUAUACAUGUGGCCUAUGCACCUCUGCUCCGCUAACUCUUUGGAGCUUCUUGUCACGGCAAAGAUUUCCCAUAGAAAACUGUUUACUUACGAAUUUUGAAACCCUAGUGGAAAUUCCAAGAGACUCAC